AUGCGAGUGGAAGGAGAUAACAUGGUGCCUCGAGGAAAUGCAACCGACGGUGAAGUGGUACGUGAUACGGCGUCGUUUGAGCAAGCUCAGGAGCAGCAGAAGAGGCUCGUUAUUGGGUAUGCUUUGACGUCUAAGAAGAAGAAGAGUUUCUUGCAACCCAAGCUUGAAGUUCUUGCGAGGAAAAAAGGCAUAUCCUUUGUUUCCAUUGACCAGGACAAGCCACUCUCUGAACAAGGCCCAUUUGAUGUCGUUUUGCAUAAGUUACUGGGAAAUGAGUGGCACAAUGUUAUUGAGGAUUACCAGCAAAAACAUCCAGAAGUGACCGUGCUUGAUCCUCCAGGUGCAAUCCAACGUAUAUAUAAUCGGCAAUCAAUGCUGCAGGGUAUUGCAGAUUUAAAUCUUGCAGACUGCGAUGGCAUGAUAUGUGUUCCAAAGCAAAUGGUUGUCUUAAAAGAUACAUCAUCUAGCGCUAACGAAGUUGAAGAAGCCGGUCUAAAAUUUCCACUAGUUGCAAAGCCACUUUUAGUCGAUGGAACUGCAAAGUCACAUCAGUUGUCCUUAGCCUAUGACCGUCUCUCGCUUGCAGAUCUUGAACCCCCGUUGGUUCUUCAAGAGUUUGUAAAUCAUGGUGGAGUUCUCUUCAAGGUCUUCGUUGUUGGUGAUGUGAUAAGGGUGGUCCGACGAUUCUCUCUGCCUAAUGUAAGCAACUGUGAAGAAGACAAAGUUGCUGGUGUAUUUCAAUUCCCAAGGGUAUCGUCUGCUGCAGCUUCAGUUGACAAAACGGACUUGGACCCUCGUGUUGCUGAGCUACCUCCAAAGCCAUUGCUCGAAGGGCUUGUGAGAGAACUACGAAGCCGAUUGGGACUCCGGUUGUUCAACAUAGACAUGAUCAGAGAACAUGGAAGCAAAGAUGUGUUUUAUGUCAUUGACAUCAACUAUUUUCCUGGGUAUGGAAAGAUGCCGGAUUACGAGCAGGUGUUCAUUGAUUUCUUCAUGAGUUUGCCACAAGCGAAGCAUAACAAGAGACAGUGUGUGAAAAGUGGAAUAGAAAUGUGA